AAGCUGUGCAACUAACUCCUCCGAUGUGGACUCGCAAUGGCGCUUGGAACGGGACCACUCGGUCUUGGCUGGCUGGCUGCGACAUGCCGACCUCGACGCUUCGAGAAUCGAUGGCGGGGACAAGACAAGAAGAAAGGAGCCCACUUCGAUCCACCCUUCACAUCAAUUCGGUGCCGAAUCUGUAGCUCACAUGUGGAGUUGCUACGAUUCAGCCAAGCUCAUCGAGUACCGCAUCGAGGCGGAGCCAUGAAAGCUCCUGUUGCUGCUGCUGCUGCUUCUGCAACAAUCUGUUCACUGAAUUGGGUUGCAUUCACUUCCUCUGCACUCCCCUCACACGAGACCGCAGGAACCACAGAUCGUGAGGAGGCGUUGUGAGUAGGCGGUGAUCUGUGAGAGUCCAGUAGCCUUGUGGAAAUAGAGAGGAAGUGUCAGGUGGAUUCACGUCAGCAGCCCGCAAUCUCGCGUUUGUGGGAGGUGGAGUAAGGGAUGGAGGGAGAGAGGUUCAAUCCAACGCCGGCGAUGGACGAGGACGGCAAGGAGGCGGAAGAUGGCAUGUAUGAGAUGGCGAGAAACGAGGAGUUGCAGAUGGGGGAGCAGGAGAUAUAUCGUGAUUUUGCGUCGACUUCUGGGUCAGGGUUGUCGUCGCCGCAGGAAUCGACGUCAAGGAAGCUGUCAAUGGAGACGGGGUCCAAGGUUCUACCUUACAUGAGCCAUUCUGGUGUGAAUCAGGGUAGCAACACCUCGAAGACAGCUCACAAUCGCGAGGAUGGCUAUGAGCCUGCUCAAGUGGUGCCCUACUUCGCUGGCAGUGUCGGGAUUGUGUUCUUCUGCCUCUUGCUCGCAGGUUGGACUUCUGGCGACGGACGUUCCAUCUACAAUGUAGACAUUUCAGGGAUUGUGGCUAACAAGGUUAAACUUCCUGAUGGGCGGCACAUUGCGUAUGAAGAGAAAGGCGUAAGCAGGGAUGUUGCGAAGAUCAAUAUUCUUGUAGCGCAUGGCUUCCUGUCCUGCCGACUUGCAGGGAUACCUGGCAUAAGUGACAGGCUUCUUGAGAAGUAUGCAGCGCGAGUGAUCUCGUACGAUCGGCCAGGAAUUGGUCAAAGUGACCCGCAUCCCAAGCGAAAUUACAACACCUCUGCUCAGGACAUGGCUUAUAUUGCUGAUGCGCUAGGCAUGGGUGACAAAUUUUGGGUGCUUGGAUACUCAGGUGGUGGUCCGUAUGCAUGGGCUGCACUUCACUACAUCCCUAAUCGAUUGGCUGGAGUGGUAAUGUUUGGACCUAUGGGAAAUCCUUACGCUACAAACAUGACCAAAGAAGAAACAAAGACUAUUUGGAAGCGUACCGACAGAAACCGCAGGUGGCUGUAUCGCCUGGCUCGUCACUUCCCAUCCUUACUUCCAGGCUUUCUGAAAAAGGGCAUUGUUGGCAAACCCGUGAAGCUUAUGAGACAAGUGAAGAAGUCGGUCAAUCCCAAGGAUUUGGCGUUGCUUGAGACGGAUAAAUUUGGUGAGAACUGGGAACGAUCAAUUAGAGAGGCUAUGCGUUCUGGGGAUACUAAGGCUUGGGCAGAAGAUGUCAUUCUUCAUUGCAAUGACUGGGGAUAUAAGCUGACAGAUCUUAAUCCCAAGCCAGCAAAGAAAAGUCUAUUCAACCGUAUCUUCUCCCUUUUUGGAGGCGCAGAACUGCCACCUUUCACUGGACCGAUUCACAUCUAUCAUGGGGCGGAAGAUGCGUUGGUGCCACUAACCAUGAGCCAGCAUGCAAAGCGGAUGCUCCCCCAAGUGCAUCUUCACGUUUUGGAGGGACAUGGUCACUUUUCCUGGUUCUGCUACUGCGACAGCUGUCAUAGGGAGCUCUUCAAGGCCCUUUUCGGUGAAGUGGAAGGCUUGCACGAGUUAGAAAAAUCCCCCGAACCUCAGAUUCUUGCUCCUGAGGUGCCUGAAGCACCUGCAUACGAAGAAAGAACAAUCUCUUCUGAAGCUGCUCCUCACGAAGAUCCGCAUGUUGCGGAAACUAUAGACACAGCUACCCUCGAAACUACUACCGAGACAGAGCCAGAAGGUGUCGAUCAUGUAGAGGUCGAGAUAGAGCAAGACUCUUUCUCUUCCAAGGUUGAGACCACUCCCCAGGAGGCCGAAGUGGGUAUUAGUGGCAUUGGCGAGAGAAUCCCAAAGGAAGAGUAGGUGUUGUAGAGCUGAUAUGGCUGAGCUGCCAGCGAAGAGGUGGUUACAGCAUGGUGGAGGCAUAUACCUGACUACUAUUGUCCAUGUAGAUAGGGAAAUUAAAUCUGUUUAUAAUUGCAUUCUGAUGUCGUUACCCUUCUGAAGUAAUGAGGACAUCUUAACAUUGUGAGGUGGUGGUA